GAGGCUACACUCCUCAUCACCGUCGCACCGCGCACCUCGCCGUCGAGUUCGGAUUUCCACUCGUCUCUUCUCUCCCUCUCGAGCUCCCUCGUACAUUUCCUUUUUCUUUUCCUCCCAAACUUUUCUUACCAAGAGUCAUGUUCCGUGGACGUAUUGAACUGGUGAUCGGCCCGAUGUUCGCCGGCAAGACGACGGAGCUGAUGCGCCGGGUUAAGCGCGAGAUCCACGCUCAUCACAGCUGCUUCGUCAUCAAGUACUCCAAGGACACCCGCUACGACGUGCGCAACAUCGCCUCGCACGAUCAGGUGACCUUGCGCGCGCAGGCAGCCGUGACGAAGCUGUUGGAGGUGCAGGAGAAGUGGAGAAAGUUCGACGUGCUCGCGAUUGAUGAGGGGCAGUUCUUCUGCGACCUGGUGGACUUCUGCAACACGGCCGCGGAUGCCGGCAAGAUCGUCAUGGUCUCUGCGCUGGAUGGCGAUUACCGUCGCAGGCCGUUCGGACAGAUCUGUGAGCUGAUUCCGUACUGCGAAUCGGUGGACAAGCUGUCGGCGGUGUGCAUGAUAUGCCACGAGCGCCCGGCCAGCUUCACGCGCCGCACGGUGCACGCGGAGCAGCUGGAACUGAUUGGCGGUGCGGACAUGUACAUCGCCACCUGCCGGGAGUGCUACAUGCAGCCGCACACGCCCUCGCUGGAGGUGAUGCGGAGUCAGCGGCAGACAAUCAGGGAGGUCGAGAAGAGCUACCUCGGGGUGGCGUGCAAGAAGCCGGUGGUGACGACGCCGGAGAAGGCAGCGGAGGGUCGCAGAAGUGAGGAAGGCGCGACCUCGUCGGUGUCUGCCGGGUCUGUGGGUACGGUCGACUUCAAAGCACCGCGUGUGGGGGAUGGGAACGGCUUCCCGCUGGCGCCGCCGCCCAAAUUGGCGAAGACGGAGAAGGCUCGGCUCGACGCCAUUUCGUGA